AUGGGGCUCAGGGUCCUUGGGCUGCUGCUGUCUGUUCUACUGGGUUGGGCCAGCAGCCACCCCAUCCCCGGGAGGAAGAGCUUCAACAAGCUGUUGCUGAUCUCGUUUGAUGGCUUCCGCUGGGACUACGACCAGGAUGUGGAUACCCCUAACAUGGACCGCCUGGCCCAGGAAGGCGUGAAGGCCAAGUACCUCACCCCACCCUUCGUGACAAUGACCUCCCCAUCCCACUUCACCACAAUCUCAGGUCGCUGGAUUGAGGAUCAUGGAGUCAUUCACAACAUGAUGUUUAACACUGAAACAGGCUGGAAGUACUCCUUCAAGACCACACAGAACAAGACUGAGUGGUGGGACAAUGGCGUUCUCCCCCUCUGGAUCACAGCCCAGAGACAGGGGAGGAAGACGGCGUCAUUCCACUAUCCUGGGGGAGGUGCUAAAUACAAAGGGGAAGCUGUCGAGAGAUCCCUGGUGGAGUCUUACACUCACCCAGACAGCAAUGAGACAGAGUGGAGGGAAAACAUUGAUAUUGUAAUGAACUGGUUCACUAAGGAAGACUUUGACUUUGUGACCCUGUACUAUGGAGAGCCAGAUAAUGUGGGACACCGAUAUGGACCUGAGACGGAAAACCGAAGGGUAAUUAUUAAGCAAAUCGACAGAACCAUCGGGUACCUGCUGGAAGCCAUUAAGAGGCACGGCUUGACUGACCACCUCAAUGUCAUCAUCACAUCAGACCAUGGCAUGACCACAGUAAAAAAGAAGCCCAAUGUCACUGAGAUCCUCUUAACCAAUUACAUCAAGUACAAGGACCUGGUCAAGUUUGAUAUCGUGGACUAUGGAGGAUUUGGGAUGCUCUUGCCCAAACCAGGAAAAGAGGAAGCCCUUUACCAAGCACUGAAGAAUGCACACCCACACCUCCAUGUUUAUAAGAAGGAGGAAUUUCCAGAACGCUUCCAUUUUGCUAAGCACGAGCGGGUCCUGCCAAUUGUAGUGUAUGCUGACUCUGGUUAUAACAUUAAUGGGCGACUUAUAAUAUAUUUCAACAAAGGCGAUCAUGGAUUUGAUAAUGUCCUCAUGGACAUGAAGACCAUAUUCAGAGCUUUCGGGCCAAAUUUCAAGAAGAAUCAUCUGGCUGAGCCUUUUGACAGCAUACAUAUCUACCCGCUCAUGUGUAAGCUCCUGGGUGUUACCCCCGAACCCCACAACGGCUCCCUGUCGGUCACCCAGGGAAUGCUUGUGGACUCUUACGACCAGCAGCCAGGAGGAGAGACGCAGAGGGCAUAUGAUCUCCAACCCACAGCGAUAGGUCUCGGGGUUGUCACAGGAGUUCUCGCAGUUCUGUUUGUCACUAGCGUGAUAUACACAGCCAUUCAACGGAAAAAGAAGCAGAGAGCUGAUCAAAACAACAGAAAUGAACCAAUACACCUGACCCAGGUCCAGAAGACAGCCUUUUAG